AUGUCCGGAUACUACGGUUCACCCGCGCCUCAAUACGACCAAUCCGGCUAUCCGCCGCAAGGCUACCCGCCGCAACAACAACCUCAAUACGGCGCUCCACAACCUCAGUAUGGCGCUCCUCCACCCCAGUAUGGCUACGACCAGCAGCAACAGCAGGUAGGCCAGUACGGCCCGCCGGUUCAAGGCGGUUUCCAGCACGGCCAGCAACCUGGCGCUGCCUCAGAUUUCUACUCGCAAGGCCAGCCUCAGGGUCAAUACGGCGCACCACAACAGCCCUACGGCCAACAACCCUACGAUCAACAGGCUUAUCCCUCACCAUCUCACCAGUUCCCCCAGCAAGGCGCGUAUAACCAGCAGCCCUACCCAGUGGACAACAACAGCCCUUAUGGCGCCACGGACCCUGCCGCCGCACAGGAUGGCGAACGAGGACUGAUGGGCGCGUUAGCCGGAGGCGCCGCUGGCCACUUCGGUGGAAAGAAGGCCGGCCAUGGGCUUAUUGGCACACUGGCCGGCGCAUUCAUAGGAAGCAAGCUUGAGGACAAACUCAAGUACGGCAAGAAGAACGAUCAUCAUUCGCAGAGUGGCUACAGCAGCCACGGAUCGAGCAGUCACGGCCAGGGCGGAUAUGGGCAGCAGGGGUACGGCCAUGGCAGUAGCCACACAUAUUAUAGCGGAAAUGGAAAGUACUGA